CUGUGGCUGACGGGCUGUGGGCCUGCUUGUUGCGCUGAAUGCAUUUUUAUACAUAUUUGAAGCUGCACACUGUGAUGCGCGUGCACUGGAAGCAGCCUGCCAACCCCACAUAAAGGCCUAUGUGGAGGCAUUGCAGCAUCACUCCGGGUUCCGCUGCUUCCUUCAUAAUGGAUUUCACCGAGGCGUCUGACCCGUUCAGGUGAAAUCACACCUACGGCUCCUAUGCACUGUUGCUGAAAUGAUGGCAAAUGGCGAAUCCGCGGCUUUAAAUUCAUAACUGAGGGUUUCAUGCCCACGGCCGCCCGUGAGCACGCACGCACGCACGCACGCACGCACGCACGCACGAAGGAAAAGCCCUCACUCACUAACGAAUUCGUGCUGAAAGGUCUGCGCACCGACGCGCACGUUCCGCGAGCCUCCCCGUCCACGCAUCCAGGCUCGAGCGCGUGUAACGGCAGGCGCUACCUCCCUCCUCCACGCGUAAAUUAUGUAGAGCAGGACGCGUUGCUACGUCCAUUUAAGAAAACCCGGCUGGUGGAUGUGAGGGGAAGGGGGCAAAGAACACCAAGAAGUUAACCCCCCCUCCAGUUCGUGUUCAACCAGCGUUUGGCAGAAGAGGACUGUAGCGCAUCACGACUUCCCCAUUGUGAAGCCAAGGAGAAGAAAAGAUGGACAUCACGGAUCAAGGCGCUCAAAUGGAGCCGCUAUUACCAACGGAACAAAGUUCCCAAGAGAACAAAGAUGUGAGAACGGAUGAGGAGGCAGUGGUGGACCGUGGGGGCACACGCUCCAUGCUCAACACUAACUUUGAGAAGGAAGAACUAGAAGGUCACCGCACUCUCUACAUUGGGGUUCACGUUCCCCUGGGUCGGAGGUCGCACCGGCGUCACCGUCACCAUGGACACAGACACAGGAAGAGGUCUAAGGAGAGGGACUCUGGGACUGAUGACGGUCGGGAAUCCCCGUCACACGACACACCGGCUCAGAGGGUACAGUUUCUUCUGGGGACGGAGGACGGUGAUGAGGAGCACAUCCCCCAUGCCCUGUUCACUGAGCUGGAUGAAAUCUGCCUGAAGGAGGGCGAGGACGCUGAAUGGAGAGAGACAGCCAGGUGGCUGAAGUUCGAGGAGGACGUUGAGGACGGAGGGGAGCGGUGGAGUAAACCCUACGUCGCUACUCUGUCGCUGCACAGUCUCUUCGAGCUCCGCAGCUGCAUCAUGAAUGGGACCGUGAUGCUUGACAUGAGGGCCAACUCCCUGGAGGAGAUCGCAGACAUGGUUCUGGAUCAGCACGAGGCCUCGGGCGCUUUGGGUCAGGACGCCAGGGUAAAGAUCCGGGAAGCCCUGCUCAAACAGCACCACCACCAGAACCACAAGAAGCUGGCCAACCGGAUCCCCAUCGUACGCUCCUUCGCCGACAUUGGCAAGAAGCAGUCUGAGCCUCAUUCCAUGGACAAGAAUGGCCAAACGGUCUCACCUCAGGCCCAGCCGACCAACAACGAGGGCAAGCAGGACGUCAGCCGAGAAAACAGCGCUGUGGACUUCAGCAAGAUUGACCUUCACUUCAUGAAGAAGAUCCCUCCUGGUGCUGAGGCCUCCAAUGUCCUGGUGGGGGAACUGGAUUUCCUCGACCGCCCCGUGGUGGCCUUCAUCCGCCUGGCCCCCGCUGUGCUGCUCAACGGCCUGGCCGAGGUUCCCAUCACCACCAGGUUCCUUUUCAUCCUGCUUGGUCCCAUGGGGAAAGGAGCACAGUAUCAUGAAAUUGGACGGUCAAUUGCUACCCUGAUGACCGAUGAGAUUUUCCAUGAUGUCGCUUACAAGGCCAAAGACAGGAACGACCUGGUGGCCGGCAUCGACGAGUUUCUGGACCAGGUGACAGUGUUGCCGCCUGGAGAGUGGGACCCCUCCAUCAGAAUAGAGCCUCCUAAAAACGUGCCCUCUCAGGAGAAGCGGAAGAUUCCUCCCGUUCCCAAUGGAGUGACAGAUCUGGGCGAGUCCGAGGAACACGGGGGCCACGGGGGCCCUGAGCUCCAGCGCACUGGGAGGUUCUGCGGCGGGCUCCUAUUAGACGUCAAGCGAAAGGCUCCUCACUACCUUUCCGACUACACGGACGCCAUCAGUCUGCAGUGUCUGGCCUCCUUCCUCUUCCUCUACUGCGCGUGCAUGUCUCCCGUCAUCACCUUUGGAGGGCUCCUGGGCGAGGCCACCGAGGGACGCGUUAGUGCUAUCGAGUCCCUCUUCGGAGCCUCCAUGACUGGAAUCGCCUACUCUCUUUUCGCUGGUCAGCCCCUCACCAUCCUGGGCAGCACGGGACCCGUCCUCGUCUUCGAGAAGAUCCUCUACAAGUUUUGCAAGGAAUACGGACUCUCCUACCUCUCCCUGAGGGCCUGCAUUGGCCUGUGGACGGCCUUCUUCUGUCUGCUGCUGGUGGCCACCGAUGCCAGCUCGCUUGUCUGCUACAUCACACGCUUCACCGAGGAAGCAUUCGCCGCGCUCAUCUGCAUCAUUUUCAUCUACGAGGCCCUGGAGAAACUGCUGCACCUGGGGGUGCACUACCCCAUCAACAAGAACAACAACCUUCAGAAGCUCACGCAGUACUCAUGUGCUUGUGUGGAGCCCAGAGACCCCAGCAAUGAGACCCUGCGCUACUGGGAGGAGAAAAACAUCACAGCCUCUCAGGUCAACUGGACCAUGCUGGAGGUCAAGGAGUGCGAGAUGUUUCAUGGGGAGUUUGAAGGCAGCGCCUGUGGGCCCCACGGCCCUUUCAUACCUGACGUGCUCUUCUGGUGCGUGGUCCUCUUCUUCUCCACCGUCUUCAUGUCCGCCUUCCUCAAGGAGUUCAAGACGAGCCGAUACUUCCCCACCAAGGUGCGGGCCAUCAUCAGCGACUUUGCCGUCUUCAUCACCAUCCUCACUAUGGUGUUUAUAGAUUACGCGCUGGGGAUCCCCUCUCCUAAAUUACAGGUCCCCAACAAGUUCAAACCAACCCGCGAUGAUCGUGGCUGGGUUAUAAACCCUGUGGGGCCCAACCCUUGGUGGACAACCAUCAUCACCUUCAUCCCUGCUCUGCUCUGCACCAUCCUCAUCUUCAUGGACCAGCAGAUCACAGCAGUGAUUAUCAACAGGAAAGAGCACAAACUGAAGAAAGGCUGUGGGUACCACCUGGACCUGUUCGUGGUGGGGGUGAUGCUGGGUGUUUGCUCCGUGAUGGGCCUGCCGUGGUUCGUGGCGGCGACCGUGCUCUCCAUCUCCCAUGUGAACAGCCUGAAGCUGGAGUCCGAGUGCUCGGCCCCCGGAGAGCAGCCCAAGUUCCUGGGCAUCAGAGAGCAGCGCUUCACGGGCCUCAUGAUCUUCACGCUGAUGGGCUGCUCUGUCUUCAUGACCUCUGUCCUGAAGUUCAUCCCUAUGCCUGUGCUGUAUGGAGUCUUUUUGUACAUGGGGGCCUCCUCACUUAGAGGUAUUCAGCUGUUCGAUCGCCUCAGGCUGUUCGGCAUGCCGGCCAAACACCAGCCAGACUUCAUCUACCUGCGCCACGUCCCUCUGAGGAAGGUGCACCUCUUCACCAUCAUCCAGCUCAGCUGCUUGGUCCUGCUCUGGGUCAUCAAGACCUCCAAGGCUGCUAUCGUCUUUCCCAUGAUGGUCUUAGCGCUAGUGUUCAUCCGUAAGCUGCUGGAUUUCAUCUUCACUAAGAGAGAACUCAGUUGGCUGGAUGACCUCAUGCCAGAGUGGAAGAAGAAGAAGCUGGAGGAUGCAGCAAAAGAGGAGGAACACAGUAUUAUUGCAGAGGAGGAAGGCAUCGUCCAAGUGCCGAUGGAAGGGCAUUACAAGAGUGACCCAGCCACAGUGAACAUCUCUGACGAGAUGUCUAAAGGAUCUUUCGGGAGCGUGAUGAAGGGUGUCAGCCCUGCGGAGAGUGCUAAGAAGGAAGCAAGUGUUAAGAGCUCCCCCUCCUAACCUCUCGGAAGCCGAUAUCCCAAAGUUGCACCAGUGGCGGUGAGAAGCGACAUAAGCGGCGGAGGCACGAGAAGAGCUUGGACCGGGAGACGAGUUUGUGAUGACACGUGCUGGCGGUGCCACCGUGCCGCCAACCGGUAAACGUAAAAAUAAAAAUAAAUAAAUACAAAAAAACAACAACAGAAAAUCUGUACCGUGCCACACUCAACCACCUUUGUACUGUGCUACACUGUGUUUUUGUCAUGUAAGUCUGUGUACAAUUGUGUAAAACAAAGAAAAUCUCGUUAGAAACAGUAUUAGCAGUGAGGAGUCGGACCCGGUUGUGUCCGGUUCUGUAUAUCGGUGUUUGGUGAUACCAGCAACAGAAGCGAGACAGGAUUAUAUGACACUUACAGUAACUGCUGUGUCAAUGGGCCAAUUACAUAAACGUUUUAAACAGUUUUUAAACUUUAUUUGUAUUUUGUAUGUUUGUAUAUUUUUCCAACAACUGCAAGUUGUCCUUUUAAAAACCUGCCACAUCGAAGCACGUGUUUGUGCGCAGUAUUUAAUGCCGCUAUUGUCUCCACACACUUCACAACAGAAAACCUACAGUAGAUCUUUGUCAUUACUAACUGGUAUCUCAAAGGGUUGGCUAUCUAGCAGAUGUAGUACAUUUUUUCAAAGUAUUAAAUAUACAUUUUAUAUAUUCUGUAUAUCUAAAUGUUUUGUGAUGGUGACAGCUCAUAUCACUCCAGGGUCUCUGCCAUUGCUAAAAUAAAAAUGUCUUCUUAUUGCACAUUUUCCUUGGCCAGUGAAGGAAAGAGGUUUACAAAGUGAGAAAUGCACUUAUUGGCUUUCUUUCCAUGAAUCGGGUGAGAGGAUUGAUUCAGUGCUAAUUAUUUUAAGCUAGCAGACAUAGCCUAGCACAACGCAGAAAAACAGGGGGAUCUGAAUAAGCUAACGUUCAACACAUAGCAUUCUGCCUGCCCAAUAUUUUUUGCCUUAUUCAUCUUAGCUUAGCACAAACAGCUAUCCGGGCUCUAAUGGAAAUAAAAUAAGAUAAAACUUACUAAUUAGCAUCCUUGCUUGCACUUUUUUCUUAGCUUUGACUGGUUAACACAGCUUAGCACAAGUGGCACAACUGGGUAAACCAUUAGCCUGGCUCUGUCUAAAGUAAAAAAAAGCAUCACCAUGUCUGGUUGUUGUGUCCAGUUGCCACAAUCAACAUUUCACUGGUGGACUCACUUACGGAUUCCUAUUAGGACCACAGUUUUUAAGCGCUUGGUGAUUCAUGAUCAAUUAACAUAGUGAUCACUAGCCAGCCAACGGUAUGAAAUACCACGUACCCUCGAUGCAUCUAGCGACUUGUCUGCUUACGUACAGUACACACAAGGAUGGUGUGUGUUUUUGACCAACGAAUGUUGGGACAAACAAGCUCUCUGCUGCAUUCCAGCUGCUAAAAUGAGCUCACAGCUCGGCUACGUCACCACUGCAAAGGGUCUAUAAAAACAAUGUUUUUUUUUUUUGUUUGUUUCUUGUGUUAACAGCACAGACAUAAUCCCCUUAACUAACUCAUGGAAAAUCAAAUCGUAUUUCUGAUAAUGUGAAACUAUUUCCUAGCUAUUUUUGUUGACAGCCUAUUGGAAACUGGCACUUAAAAGCUAGCAUGGCAGCAUAGAUUGGGAACUUUGAGUGUGUCUAGCUCCUUGGCCUUUGCUUUUUAAAACUCUUUAGGAUGUCUGUACAGAGUGCUCUAUGUUUUCCACCUGCACACUCUGUCAUCAUGUCAGUAGGCGUCAUCCAUGGACAUGUAAUCUCCUUUGAUCCUCAAUGUGUUAGCAUCUGAAGCUAAUAGGUUUUUUAAAAAAAACCUGCAUGAUAGUCAAACUGUCUUAUUGCAGGACUGUGGUUAUUCUUGAGAUGCAAUAAUACCUUUUUUUCUGGGAAGGGCAACAAGAUAAAAUGAUGGUAAAAAAUCUCAACAAUGUAUAAUACAUAGUAUAUUUUAUUCAUGUCAAAUGUUACUAAUAUAUUACUAACAUUGCAGGAUUUUCGUUGUACAGUAGAUUUUUCUUUUUCCCAUUGUUUAACUGAUUGUUCUUAGUUGAUUAGAGAAACUAAUAAUUGGUCAAAAUUAUAUCAGUAUCAAACAUUUUGGCCACAUUUGUGGAAUUCUGCCUUAAAAUGGGUAGUGAUUGCGGUACACUUUCUGUUUAAUAAUUCAAGACACCUGUAUAGAAAACAAGUUUUCAGUUCAGAGCCGUUGUGAUUUGUUUAAUGAGGGUGAGAGAGUGAGUGAGUGAGAGCAUAAAUAAAGGUAUUAAACGCUG